GAAGAGCAGAGGUGUCAAGCAGUAGGUGAGAGACAGGGACAAUCUCACGGCCGGAUGACUGUUAAGUCAGAAUUCUGAAGGUGUUUCCACAGGUUACACUGACAGUUACUGGCUGUAUUUUUCUGUUUUCACUCUUUAUGGAUUUGAAUUUAGUUAGUUUGAUUUUCUUCAUUUUUGUUGUUGAUAAAUGAGCAUUUUAUUCACAUAUCCUUCAUUAAAUCAGCUUGUCUGUACAGUUGAAGAGGAGCACAUAGGGAUAAGCCUGGCUGCGUUUUUCAAAAGAGUUGUCCCGUCUGUCACUCGGACGUUGGUCAUCAACCUUUCGGUGACCCUUUUUCUGUCUCGAUUGGGUGUCCUAACGUGAUUCGGUCAUGAGUACAAAGAUAGAGUUCACUAACUCAACGCCUGGAAAGCCAAGCACGAUGGAUAACCUAACUGACUGCACUGGUGCCGGCUUGGACCUAAUUCAGAAUCGCAUUGAGUCUCUGAGCAGUAAGAUGGACAGGCUCAUCAACAUCCAGGAGAAGGUCCUCAAUCGGCUGGACGGAAUAACCCAGGACAUCGAUGGUAUCGAAAGGGACGUGGAAACUCUGAAGGUGGACAACGAGGAGAUCCAUAUACCUGCAAGAGCCCUAACUCUUCCCCUGGCUCAAACCCACGGUACAGGUGUGGUGGGCGAGGUGAGAGAGAUGUGUCAUGAGAUGAGCUCCAUCAUGAUGGCGUUGGACCAGCGCUCGGAGAAGCAGGCUGAGAAGCUGGACGGGAUGGAGAAUCUGGUCCUCAGCAUCCAGCAGGUCAUCAGAUUCAUCGGGGAGACCGUAAAGAGCUCCCGGGUUAUGGAGAUGAUGUUUAUGCGUCCUGCAGCACACAAGGCCCCCAAGUCCAAAGACAGUAAGGGCAAGGUGGACGUUAAGAGGCAAUCGUCUGCAGAAAAGAGCGAGAGCUCAGUUACUAAGAAGACUGACAAGAAAACUACCUCUACUAAAGCCACUAAAGGGACUCAAGAGAUGAUAACCACUAAAUGUGAACCCAAACCUAGUAGACCGGAGACCACUCACAGUCACAAGACAACAAGGCUCCACGGACCAAAGCAUUUUCUCACCUUCCGCAAACUCUGCGGAAACUUUUCAAAAGAUCACAAGGGGAAGGAUGGGAAGGAGAAGCCCAGUCUGAGCACAAAAGGUCUGAAAACACAGAAGAAGAAACCCCCAGAUACAGCAGACACCAUCUCCCUGAGGAAGCAGGCGUUGCUGCUAAAGGAGGUUCAGAAGCUCAACAGGGAGAAUGCAGAGAGAUCAUCAUCAGGUCACCAGCAGCAGCUUACCCCUGAUGGCGUCUUGGACCUGGAGGCAGGAUCUGGAAGGGCCUCAGAGGGGUUGGGGUCAUCACAGACUGGGUCCCUCAGCCCGAACCUGCUGGACUUGAUCCUCGAGGGCCCCAAGGCCCACGUGACCGAAGAGGAGUCAUUGCCUGAGGAGGAGAGGAAGGCAGCAGGAGAUGGACUAAAAGUGGAGGAGAGGAAGGAGGAAGAGGAGGUCAUAAAGAAGCAAGAGAAGGAAGACCACCUCAGUGAAUCGAAGUUCAAGGAAGAGGAGCGAGAGGAGGAGCUGUUGAAAAUCACAGAGCAGCCUGAGGAGGUUAGAGGAGCAGAGGAGAGAGAGGGGAAUAAAAAGGAGGAGGACAGUGCAGGCCCAUCAGAAGCUGCUGAUAUGUCAGUUAAGGAUCUCCCUCCUCUCCCACCCUCCCCUGAAGCUCCAGGAGAGACUGGCUCUAUUCCAGAGAGUUGUGAAGGCCACAACAGAAGUGCCUCCUCUCAGUCUCUGGAAGCUGCAGAACACGACCAGAUUGAAGAGUGCAGCACCAGCAGUAAGCGUCGUGUGGCGGAGGAAGACCUGGGAGUGGAGGACCACAAGAAGAGUCGGUUGGAGGGAGGAGCAGGAGAGGAAUAUGUGAGGCAGGGGGAGAAGGAGCAGGGGGAUAGGCAGGAGGAGGAGGAGGAGGAGGAGGAAGGAGAAAGACCAGAGGAUGAGGAUGAGGGAUGGGGCAUCUUCAAGGCAGAUGGGGUGGAUAUCCGUGUGGAAUUGAAGGAGAGGAUGGGAAAAGAGAAGAAGCCGGAUCAGUCUACAGAAGUCAGGCAGUCUACUGUGGAACAGUUCUUCAUUGAUAAAAGCUCUCCUCCUCCGGCUCCAUUCAACCAUCGGAUGGUGUCAGCCAAACCGAACCAGAUCAGCAACUUCUACACCAUCAACAGAGCAGAGGUUCUCGGAGGAGGUCGUUUUGGCCAGGUGCACAAAUGCAUGGAAAACUCCUCGGGUCUCACCCUGGCUGCCAAGAUCAUCAAAGCCCGGAGUCAGAAAGAGAAGGAGGUGGUGAAGAAUGAGAUCACGGUCAUGAACCAGCUGGACCACGCCAACCUGAUCCAGCUCUACGCCGCCUACGAGUCCAGGAACGACAUCAUCCUGGUGCUGGAAUAUGUGGAUGGAGGGGAGCUCUUUGACAGGAUCAUCGAUGAGAACUACACUCUGAUGGAGCUGGACACGGUGCUGUUCAUCAGGCAGAUCUGUGAGGGCCUGCAGCACAUGCACAAGAUGUACAUCCUCCAUCUGGACCUCAAGCCAGAGAAUAUUCUAUGUGUGAGCAGAGUCACGAAUAAAAUUAAGAUCAUCGACUUUGGACUUGCCAGAAAAUACAAGCCCAGAGAGAAGUUACGAAUAAAUUUCGGCACCCCAGAGUUCCUGGCCCCAGAAGUUGUCAACUACGACUUUGUGUCAUUCAACACCGACAUGUGGAGCCUGGGAGUGAUUACAUAUAUGCUGCUAAGCGGUCUGUGUCCCUUCCUAGGUGACGACGACAAUGAGACUUUGAAUAACAUUCUGGCCUGCCAGUGGAAUUUUGAAGAGGCAGAAUUUACAGACAUCUCAGAGGAGGCCAAAGACUUCAUCUCCAAACUCCUCGUCAUCAAUAAAAGUUGGAGGAUAGGUGCCUCUGAAGCGUUGAGACAUCCUUGGCUCUCUGACACAGUCCUCCAUCACCGUCUUCAUGAAAAGAAGAACAUGUGUAACCGCUCACGCAGAUCUUCAUGCGUACCCACCACAGAUAGUUGAGCAUGAUGACUUGACGGAGCCAGCGGUGGCCACUUGGACCAAGCCUGCUGUACACCUGUAGAACUACCAGAGCUUACCUGUAUGAACACAUUUAAACUGUUAAAACGCCAUAGGUGGAGGAGUGUGUCAUGUGUGGUAGUGCAAAACCAAGAGACAGACAAGGCAAUUCAGCACUCAAAGAGGAUUUAUAAACUGGUUAAAAAAACACGGCCAAUAAUCAACAUCAACAGCUGGCCCUUUAUGGCAAUAACUGAAUGUAAUCGUAUUCUUCCCCAGUGAUUUAUUUUCUCCCAGGGCAGAGAGAGCUUCAAACCGUCGUCAUUGGGUGCUGACUGGUCCAAUGGUUAGGCAUGUCCUCCUCACUGCUCUCUCUCUCCCUCUCUGAACGCCACUGCCUCCCCAUGUUCUGCCACCCUAAUUGCAGCCAGCUGUUCAAGAUGUGCAGCUGCAGUCAAUUAAGUCUCUGUGGAGAGAUGCCACACCUUGUAAUGAGUUGUUUAUCCACCAAGUGGGGCCAAAAGCCGGCCUUUCCCACCCUUACACCCCUCGGAUGCUCACACACCGCCCAUCCCUGCUUCAACUCGUGGUUUGUACAGGCCAAUGCCCCGAUAGAGUCAACUCUUGACCAGGCAUUUAAUCCAAGGCCAUGGAGGUACACCCCUGUACCUCUAGGGGUCAUACAACAAAGGUUGAUGUUCAUCAUCUCCAUGGUUCACCCUCUUCAUGGGUCUGGUUCUCGGCCACCUUCUGGGGCACACACGAUAACUGGUUAUUGAGAGGGGGAAGGCUCUCACCUCCAUGCGUCUGUGCCUCCUCAUCAGCUUUCCCGUUCUCCUUUGAAUGACAGCGGCUCGCCUUUUUCCACUUGGGCCUCAGGGUUUCUGCAAAGUCUUGGGUUAUUAUCACAGAAAUGUUCAGAAAUGUUUGUUUUACCUCAGUUUUACCUCAAGCCCCUUUUCUUUCACAGGACAUUUCUUUUGGUCACCUCCAGCCCUUCUUGGAAAACCAUGCUUCUUCAAAAUUUUCAAAAUAGAGCACCCUGCCUCAGCUCUGGUCAAAGGACAUUUGAAGGUCCAUGCCAGGAGUUUGAGGUUUCUCCAUUUCUGAACAUCCCUUUUCAUUGGUCAUACUCACCACCACAGUGCCGUCUUGGACAUUUACCUCAUGGUAAAGGUGGGGCUCGCUGUCCCCUGGUGGUGUACCUGAUGGUAGUUGACCAGUUUCUGUGGAGUUGGAAGACGCUCCCUGAGGCCCCCUGGUAACCAAGAGCUUGGCAAAGUCUUGGGUUACCAUAUAACCAUCAUCCAUCUUAAUGAACUUGCCUGACCAUAGUAGGCCCCCUGACUCCCAGGCCCACUCUACAACACUCCACCACUCCUGGGGAGGCUCAGUAACAUAGUUGGUUUGUCAGGCUAACCCAUGUCUUGUAGCUCUUCCAUUCAUGUUUGACUGGGUGGAUGACUGGCAGAGCUCCACUACCCCCUUGGCCUCUUCCUGUCUUUAAAGGGGAUUCUUCUUCUCUGGCUGUGACUUUUUCCUCUGCGUCGUGUCAGAGGUUUGACCUGAGGGUGAGCCAGUUGCCUCAACCGCCCUGUUGGGUUCUUUGUCUCACUGCCUUCUGUGCAAUUGAUCCACCUGCUGGCAGUUCUGUCUUCUGGGCUUUGGAAAGAAGACUCACGUCAACCAUGGUUAGGCACUUCAGACUUUAAACCUCUUCACUUCUGAAUCACAAUUCAACCUUCCUUCAGACCUCUUAACUCAUGACGAAACACUCACCAGAGUAUUGGGCUGCUUCCCUCUUGGCUGGUAGUGCCCUUCUACGGGCUUACCCCAGUCUCCCCACCAGUUUUUGAUUUUGGCGCACUGGAACUUCCCUGGUCUCUGCUGAAUCCUAUGGACCGCCAUCUCCCUGUCACCACUUCACCAUCAGGGGACCUUGAAACCUCUUCUGGGGAAAACAACGUGGGAGAGUCAUCAGUGGAAUGUAUUUGGACUGACAUUCUUGUUGGUGUGGUUGUCCUGGGAACCCUCCGUGUAACCAUGCUCUGGUCCAGGUUUUCCUUUUCGGGGUUCCUUUAAUCUUCUCUGGCCAUGGGUUCUGGACAUACAGGCUGUUUUCUCUUCGGUCAAUGGGCUGUUCUGUGGUGUGGGUAAACAACUCACACGAAGGAGCAAACAUGUCCCCUGAAAUGGAGAGUGGGAUUUGAUCCCACCAGAGCUCCGUCUCCCCCCUAGUCCAGGACUUGCCUCAGCAGAUGGCUGUGUUGAUGCUUUUCACGCAGUUGCACCUCAAGGCUACUUAGCCUCUCCUGCUCCUUUUUGAGCAACAAGAAGAUCUGCUCCCACUUGGCCCUCCAGGCCAUAUUAGAUGUCUCCAGCCUGUGAACGACAUCCUGCAUUUACUGAACCGCAUUGCGUUUUCCACUUAUGAUUGCAAUUCAGAGGCUUUUCCUGCCAUGGACAUCUUCUCCUCCAUCAAUUCCACCACUUGGCUUCCAUCGCUGACUUCUUUGCCAUCUCUUCAUUCCUUUUCAAUUCACUUAUGAGGCUCUUCACUGCCUCCUGCUCAAGCCUUCUUGCUGCCUGCUCCUCUUCCAGACAGGCCUGCACAUUGUUCCUCUUCAUUGUUCUCAAUUACCUGGGCAGUUCCUGCUCGGUCUGCUUGCUCUUACUGCUUGUCCAGCACCUUUGUGGAAACCCCUGUUCGUUUUGAACUGGGAUGCAGUUUUUCUUCCAACUGGGCCAACAUCCCAGCCUGGGCUUCCCCUUGUAGCUCUGCCCUCUGCCGGCAGAUCUUUAAAUUCUAGGUGCUGGCUACCUGCUCCCUAUGCUCCUUUUCUGCACACUCAUGAGCUACCUCAGAGACCUCCAGGACCCUCUUCAGCUGCAGCUUUCCUGCCUCUAAUUCUUCUCACCUGAGCUUUUCCUCUGAGCCGAGCAUUAAUUUUCAUGAGCUUUUCAGAUUGCUCAUUGGCAGCAUGAACUACCUCUUUAAGAUAAAUGUUCUCGAUUCAGAACAGUGACCUCUUCUUCCAAAGUCACUACAACAUCCUGGAACUUAGUCUUUUCCUUCUCACCUCUUCCCCUUGGUCCCUGCACUUCUCCUGAAGGCUGAGGACCAUACUUGAUUCUCUUUCAGUUGACUUUACAGCCAGGUUACCCUCUUCCUGUUGCUGAAAGUCUCCUCUUGCAAGGUGGCCAUGACGCUCUUCUUGUAGGACGGCGCACAGGCACCCCAGACGCUCCUUCAAGGCCUCUUUGCUGGUCUUCUCUUCUUCAAACUGCCUAUUGAAGGCUUCCUUGGCCUGGUCAGCAUCUAGUAGGGAGGCCCUCGUGCCCCUGCUGCCCCUGGGUGUCUGCUAACAGGCAUCUGCUCACUUCUUCCUUUGCCUUCCCCCUUGAAGUAUCAGCUGGCACUUCUUUGUUACAGCCACAGGUGGCGGUACUUACGUCUUGCUAAGCACUGUUCAGUCUUCUAGCAACAUUUUUCAUGUCACUGAUAGCUGCAGUGAUUUCUGGAUCCACAAGGAGCUCCUUUAUUAAACUAGGCAAGUCAGUUAUGAACAAAUAACUUUUUACAAUGACUGCCUACCCCGGCCAAACCCAAACGAUGCUACCGCCCUUUGGGACUCCCAAUCACGGGCGGAUGUGAUACAGCAUGGAUUCGAACCAGGGACUCUAGUGAUGCCUCUUGCAUUGAGAUGCAGUGCCUUAGAACGCUGCGCCACCCAGGAGCCGAGAGUUAUUUAUGGCCGGUGAGAAACUCAAGACUACCUUCAGAGCUCUUCAGUGCUCCCUUAUGUGUGGUGCUUAGUCCCCUCCGUCGCCAACCACCUCAAGGUUGAGGGACUUGACAUCCAUUCUUCUGCCAGCAGCAUUUUCUCUUGUAAAAACCAACUUAAAAAACCCUGUCCUCACAGCCUACAGGGCACCAUAACUUGUCUAAAUGGUUGUUUCAGGUUUCACUACCACACGGGGACACUCACAUUCUCCACCAGUGUAACAACUCCGUAGAUGGAGGAGUGUGUCACGUGUGGUAAUGCAAAACCAAGAGACAGACAAGGCAAUUCAGCACUCAAAGAGGAUUUAUUAAAUAAAUAAAGGUUUCACGGGUAGCUUGGGGAAUCUUCAUGUCCCAAAAGAAUGUUCUCACAAAGAAAUGAGGCCAAUAAUCAAAAUCAACAACUGGCCCUUAUGUCACAACUAAACAUAAACGUAAGUCACUGGGGAAGAUAAUCUUUUACCCCAGGGCAGAGAGAACUUCAAACCUUCGGCAUUGGGUGCAAACUGGUCCAAUAUUUACGAUAAAACUUUGGUGUGUCCUCCUCACGGCUUUCUCUCUCCCUCUCUGAAUGCCACUGCCUCCCCAUGUUCUGCCGCCCUAAUUGCAGCCAGCUGUACAAGAUGUGCAGCUGCAGUCAAUUAAGUCUCUGUGGAGAGAUUCCACACGUUGUAAUGGGUUGUUUAGCCACCAGGUGGGGCCUAAAGCCGGCUUUUCCCACCCCUACACCCCUCGGAUUCUCACAAAACCUACACCUAUUGAACUACACCUGUAGAACUACCUGAGCUGUGUGAUGAAUGGACAACACAUGUUAUCUUACUUUUACAAAGUAAAAGUACUAUUCCCACAGUUUAGUGUGAAAGCGUAGAGCCCUUGAAGACUGGAGGGUGUAGUGAAAGAUAUUUAGCUAGAUAUGUGAAUUUAAUCUACAAUGCAAGACAGUAUAACAGAACACCAACGCCUAACUGCCCUGAUCUUGUAAAUACUUUGGGGAUUUUGUCAGACAAACUAGCUGAACUUUUAUCCGAAGUGUGUUUGUUUCCCUGCUCAUACAGUUUUACUGUUCUCUUCCUUCAUGUGUGAAUUCAUUUUGAUUCACACAUCAGUUAUCCACAAUGCACCUCACAAUAUAUGCUGUGAUGUGACUCUGAUCUCUUUUUAAUUUCAUUUUCUGCUAAUGUAAAAGGGUUCCAUGUUGAGUACUGUACCCCACUUUUCCUCUGAAUGUGAGUGUAUUCAUGCAAACCGAGGGAUUUUCCUGUUUAAUUUGACCGAUAGAUAGACCAAUGUCAUAUGUUUGUUGUUUGUUUUGUGUUCUCGUGACAUUUGGCGUAAAUAGAUCAAAUAUGCAGAUGUGUGUUUAAACCCUUUAAUGCCGAUCUGGAGUACUUAACACUUUUUCGGUGGCAUCAGUCUGGGAAGGCAUUGUUAUCCUGUUUUCAUUUUCUUAAAAUCUUUUGAUCCGUUGUUUUAAUUGCUGUUGAUAUAUUCUAUAUUGUAUUUUUGGAAAAGCUGUGCUUUCUCUAAGGAAAGAGUUGUACAAAUGGAUAUGGUUGUGAACAAUGUUUUGUAACAAGAUGAUUGGCAAAGUAAAAAAAUGCCUCCCAGAACUGCAUCUAAGGGUUAAGUUCAGUUCGUUGUGAUUUCACAAUUCACACACACACACACACACACACACACACACACACACACACACACACACACACACACACACACACACACACACACACACACACACACACACACACACACACACACACACACACACACAC